AUGAAGCUUGACGAGUGGGCAUAUAGGACUGCCUAUAAAACAGCAGUACGCAUGUCCCCAUAUGCAUUGGUGUUUGGGAAGGCAUGUCAUCUACCACUGCAAUUAGAGCAUAAGGCGCCGUGGGCAGUGAAGAAACUUAACUUUGAUCUAAAGUUCACAGGGGAGGAGAGAAAACUUCAGUUACUCGAGCUAGACGAAUGGAGAAUUCAAGCAUAUGAAAAUGCCAAGAUCUACAAUGAAUGUACAAAGCGUUGGCUUGACAAGCGAUUGUGUGAAAGGAAUCUCCAGGUUGGUCAGAAGGUCUUGCUAUUCAAUUCUAGGCUACGACUCUUUCCGGCCAAAUUGAAAUCAUGCUGGUCCGGAUCAUUCAUAAUUAAAGAAGUAUUCCCACACGGUGCGGUCGAAUUAAUAAAUGAAGAAGGGACCAAUGCAUUUAAGGUCAAUAGACAAAGAGUCAAGAUGUAUCAUGGAGGAGACUUUCAUCACGAGAAAUCCUCCGUGGACCUGAGGAAUCCAGAAUGA